UAUGGGGCAGAUCACAAACACACUGGAACUGCUAUUCACUGACUUUAUUUCAUCAGAAAUUGGGUCUCUCUCUCUCUUGCCUUCGUCCUUUUACCUACUGGACCAGAGCUCAGCGGGUUUUUCACAACACUUGAACAGAACCAAACUGAGCCGUGCCAUAUCACUAUGGAUAUCGCCAUUCAACACCCUUGGUUUAGACGGGCCUUCGGGUCAGUCUACCCUGCCCGUCUCUUUGAUCAGUUUUUUGGGGAGGGCAUUUUUGACUACGACUUUUUCCCCUACACCGCAUCAACCAUAAGUCCAUUUUACAGACAGUCAUUGGUCCGCAGUUUUUUGGAUUCAUCCAGCUCUGGCAUGUCAGAGGUGAGGUCUGACCGAGACAAGUUUACAGUCCAUCUGGAUGUCAAGCACUUCUCUCCUGAAGAGCUCAGUGUGAAAAUCUCGGACGAUUAUGUGGAAAUCCAGGGCAAGCACGGCGAGAGACAGGACGACCAUGGCUACAUCUCUCGGGAAUUUCGCCGUCGGUACAGACUCCCCUCCAAUGUGGACCAAUCCGCUAUUACCUGUUCUCUGUCAGCUGACGGUCUGCUGACCCUGACUGGUCCCAAAGUCAGCGGGGGAGGCGAAACUGGCCGUAAUGAGCGGAGCAUCCCUGUCACCCGUGAAGACAAGCCCAACGCUGCUGCCUCAUCUUAAAGGCUGCGUGGUGGAUGUCUGCCUCCCACGCUCUCCAUGCAAGGUUAAUCCAGCCCUGUACACUGUUAGGAAAUCUAUCCUCCAAGCUUCUUUCUCUCGAGAUUAUUCUUAGUGCUCCAUUAGUUUUGCUAGCAUAACUGUUAAAAGGUAAAAUAUAUAGGUGGGGUAGUAUUCUCAAACAAACCUUAGAAACCAAAUUGAGUGAGAAGUAGACAGAAGGUCAAUGCCACCGGUGAAGCUGCCUUCCGUCUUGUGCCAACUCAGACUUCUCCUGUGUUAAAUAUUCUCUGUCUUGUAGUUUAAACUUUGUUCAGUGAAGAACUUCUUCGCUCUGAGAAGUCCAAACUUAAUAAAACUGUUCUAAUAA